AUGAAAAUGCUCCGGUUUCGCAGCCCAAGCAUCCGCUCCUUGGACCAGGAGGUCCUCUGCACGAUCCGGUUACUGGACGACUCCGAGAUCUCCUGCAGCAUCCAGAGAGACACCAAAGGCCAGUUCCUGCUGGACCAUGUGUGUAACCACUACAACCUACUUGAGAAGGACUACUUUGGUAUUCGAUACGUGGACCCUGAGAAGCAGAGGCACUGGCUGGAGCCCAAUAAGCCCGUGGUGAGGCAGAUGAAGUCAGCUCAGCAGCCGUACACCAUGUGCUUCCGGGUCAAGUUUUAUCCCAACGAGCCAAUGAAAAUCAAGGAGGAGCUCACAAGGUAUCUCGUGUACCUCCAGCUGAAGAGAGAUAUCUACCAUGGUCGUCUCCUCUGUCCUUUUGCUGAAGCUGCAUACCUGGGAGCCUGCAUCAUACAAGCUGAGCUGGGGGACUACGACCCAGAGGAGCACCCAUCAGACUACAUCAGAGACUUCAAGCUGUUCCCUAAACAAUCCCUCAAACUGGAGAGGAAGAUUAUAGAAAUACACAAGAACGAGCUCAGGGGUCAGUGUACUGCAUUAGCAGAGUUGAACAUGCUCCAAAGGGCUCACAGCCUGGAAACAUAUGGAGUGGACCCUCACCCAUGCAAGGAUUUCACAGGCUCCACAGCCUUUCUCGGGUUCACAGCCACAGGGUUUGUGGUCUUCCAGGGAAACAAGAGGAUCCACCUCCUCAAAUGGGCCGAUGUUAGCAAGCUGAAGUUCGAAGGGAAAACCUUUUACGUCAUUGGGAUUCAGAAAGAGAUCUCCUUAACAGGCAGGAUUCACUGUAACAGGAUGUCAUCACUGAAGAAACUGGUGUUGACAUUUCACACCUCGACCCCUGCAGCGUGUAAGCACUUAUGGAAGUGCGGGGUGGAGAACCAGGCCUUUUACAAGUGUGCGAAGUCAAGUCAGAUAAAGACAGUUUGUAGCAGUAACAUCUUCUUCAAAGGCAGCCGGUUCAGAUACAGUGGACGAGUAGCCAAAGAGGUGAUAGAAGCCAGCUCUAAGAUUCAGAGAGAGCCACCGGAGGUGCGCAGAGCCCAGUUUGGCCAGAGUCGAAGUUUUAACUCUUUGAGCCAUAAAAACCUCAUCAUGAACAUGGAACCGCUGGUACCUGCGCUACCCUCCACCACCGAGUACGAAGAGACGGCCACAGACAACGGUGUUGUUGCUGUGAAGGACUCGGUCCCCUUGUCUCCACUCAAACCUUCAGCAGCACCUGCAGACACAGAGCAACAAGGCACUGAAGGAGGGAACUCUGCUUUAGGCAACGACCUGCAGCCUCCCCGUGUUUCCAUGGAAACCUCAAAUCUCCGACCUCAGACCCCCAAGGCUGAAGAUGAAGUGGAGGAAGAUGACGAGGCCAGCGGCCCACUCACCAUUUCUGAGCUCGUCUACAGCCCCUGUGCCAGCAUGCUGCCCACACCAGUGGACGACAGUCAGGGCGGCGUCGACUUGCUCUUCUCCUCUCCAGUCCAGAGCCCGGCCAGGCUGCUGAGGGAGCUCCACGCCGACCCCGACAUCCAGGCCCAGCUGGAGACUGAGAGGGAGCGGGACCGGGCCUACGAACGUGCCCGACUGGCUGCGAGAAGUCGAAUGGGUGGAGUCUUGACCGACAGCCUACGCCUGCUGUCGUCCAAUGAGAGAGUCAACGCAUGUGUGCUUAGCGUGGCCCGCUUCGUUGCCGUGGUAAUGGGCGUCCUGCUCGUCACUGUGCCCACACUGCUGCUACUCCUGGAGUCAGACAUCGACGUGUCGUUCCUCCACGAGAUCCGCCAGACGCCGGAGUUCGAGCAGUUUCACUAUGAGUAUUACUGCCCGCUUCGGCGCUGGAUCCUGUGUAGGAUCAGCAUGGCCAUGGAGAACCUGUGGUCAGACUGA